AUGAAUCCUCAAGAAUCUGUAGUCCUCGACUACACCCUCUGCGAUCUCUACAACCUUGAAAAUACGUCUAAGGAAGCCAUUGUUCUCGUAUAUGCCUAUGCACCACCAGUCGAUAUUCAGCCAACAUCCUCAACGCCGGUUCUGACGAAAUUUCCCAUUCAGUCGCCUCUCUGUCCAAUUUGCGAUAGAGAAGAGCUCGCCAAACAGCUGUUCCACGGCACAUCGCAGCGAUUUGGCUUCUGCUCUGGUCCUAUGCGCAUCGCCAUUUUUGAUCUCGACCACAAACAAUCAUCUCCCGUGCAGCCUCACCACGUAGAUACAUACAAUGUGUUCAAUCAAAUAUCAGCACAGCAAAGACCACAUCCACAAUUCAUCAAAAACCCAGCAUCUCUGAAUCUCGGCGCCAACUCUCGUCUUGCAAUAACCGUACCCCUGGACUGGAUUUCUCAUCUUCCGCACGUCACAAAUCCUGAUGUUCACUAUAAUCUACUGUCAAAGCGUGGACUUGCGCUUUCGGGGCUCCCAACACCCAAAACAACUGUCAUUGACACCCGCCUGACACCAAACCGCCCAUUCACCGAAUCGGAGAUCCAUGAAGAAUUCAGGCGUAUGACCCAACCAAUCCGCGAAAAUACACUGCCAUUUAUCCUGAAGGUACCACGCGUGGCAAGCAUAGGCCAAGGAACAUUCAUUAUCCGCACAGAAAGCGAACGAACAGCCGCAAACACCGUUUUCCAAGACACGGUCGGGAAGAUGUUGCGAGAUCUAACGCCGUCAAACGCACAUCUAAAUCCUUGCAACGUGAUCAUACAGGAGAUGGUUGAGGGAGAAACAGUGGGCAUCACAUUUUUCGUUACGCAAUUCGGCCGAUCUAUCUUCAACUGCUGUACUAGACAGGAAGUCGAUGGGUCAUAUUGCUGGUCGGGAGGAUUUGUCUCUUAUAAUGAGCAGCCCGCUUUAGAGGAGCGAUACCGUGAGAUAAUCAACACCGUGGCGCGGCUUUUGCACGAACAUGGCUAUUUUGGGCCUGCUGGAAUUGACGUCAUGACAGACGAUCAGGGGAAACAGCUUGUUGUUGAUCUCAAUGUUCGGAUAACCGGGACGUAUCAUCUCGGGCCUCUGCGGGGACAUUUCGCUCGAAGGGGCUUUGUGGAGGCUGCUGGACUGGCGAAUCAGCGGAUCAGGUGUACGCGAGAGGCCUUUGAGGAAGUAUUUAGAAAUGAACUAAGCGAAGGGAGCUUAUUGGUUACAGCGUGGAUUCACGCAGGAGAAUGGAGCCUUGUUACCAUGACUAUUGCCGCAAAGGAUAUGCAACUUCUGAGAAAGUUAGUUCAGAAGGUGGCUGAGUACAAGGAGCGGUGUUUGUCAGGGGGCAAUGAGAUUGUAUCGAGACUUUCUGUCCUGUAA